AGAAAAAGAAAAUUCAGUUUCUAACAAGUAACAUGGCAGCGUGUGUUGUGCUCUCUACCUCAUUCUCUUGCAGCUAUCGUCCAUCCCUUUCCGCCUCGUCUUGUUCGAAUUCAAUCUCCAAACGUAAAGCGAGUCCGCAAUGUUUCUCGAACUUUCCUUUUUCAAAUUCGAAACCACUCUUUUCUUCUCGCAAGUUAGUUGCACACACAUCUAUUCGAGAAGACGCAGACAGAGAAAGAGGCGCUGACGACGAAGAUUCGAGUUUCGUAGGCGAAGACUCCGCGGCUUUCGAUUUCGCUGAACAGAAAAUAUCUUCAUGGAUCUACUUCACCGCCAUUUUAGGAGUGGUGUUGUUUGUUCUCAACGUGGCAUGGAUUGAUAAUUCCACUGGCUUCGGCAAAGCUCUUGUUGAUGCUGUUUCAGGGAUUUCCGAUUCUCAUGAGGUGGUAAUGUUGAUCCUAAUUCUCAUAUUUGCCGGUGUCCACAGUGGCUUGGCUAGCCUCCGUGACACUGGUGAGAAACUCAUUGGAGAAAGAGCUUACCGUGUUCUUUUUGCAGGGACAUCACUACCUUUGGCUGUCAGUACUGUUGUGUAUUUUAUUAACCACAGAUAUGAUGGACUUCAACUCUGGCAGAUCCAGAAUGCUCCUGGGAUUCAUCAACUUGUGUGGCUUUCUAAUUUCAUCUCUUUCUUUUUUCUAUAUCCUUCAACCUUUAAUCUUUUAGAGGUUGCAGCAGUUGACAAGCCUAAAUUGCAUCUAUGGGAAACUGGGAUCAUAAGAAUAACCAGGCAUCCUCAGAUGGUUGGGCAGGUUAUCUGGUGUCUUGCUCAUACGGUUUGGAUUGGAAAUUCUGUGGCUGUUGCAGCUUCAUUUGGCUUAAUUGCGCAUCAUCUAUUUGGUGUCUGGAAUGGAGACAGGCGACUGGCUAUAAGAUAUGGGAAAAAUUUUGAUUUAGUUAAGGGUCGAACAAGUAUAGUCCCUUUUGCAGCAAUUAUUGAUGGCCGACAGAGGUUACCUAAAAAUUUCUACAAGGAGUUUAUUCGACUGCCAUACUUGACAGUUACUGCAGUAACAUUAGGAGCUUACUUUGCACACCCUCUUAUGCAGGCUGCUAGUUUCAAGCUUCAUUGGUAGGUGAAACACAUCCUGUCGUUUUUAUGUAAAAUCUAUGUCAAGGAGCGAAAGGAUAAUGCCAUAUGCUGUAGUAUGCAUCUAUAGACUAUAGACGGAGAUGAGACAUCAACAAAGAAAAGAAAAUAGAAACAAGUGAAAGAAAAUUGAAAAACUGAUAGUGGCCGUGCACAUCCAAAACCUUGUCUCUCUUAGGUUUGUGGCCCAGAAACAGUGGAUACGUUACAUUAAAAAAGCAACUAUAACAGCUGUAAACUUUAUGACUCCCCCACAUCAUAUUCUUCCUUUCUAAGGAGCAAAUUGUACAUAUUGUGAGCAAUGCUUAUUGCAGACUAAUAGUGAUCGGAACACAUAUUUCUAAAGUCGGAAUGCAGUCCAGCAAAUAAAAAACAAGGGACGUAUCAUGCUUUAUGAGUUUCCUACAUUUGUAUCCACCUUUGUUUACUUCUUAUUUGUAUCAGGUACAGUUGGGGACUUGCCUCCCAGGUUGCUAUUUAGUGUUUAUUUAUUUAUUCUAGCAACAUAUUUGGGUUG